AUGGCAUCCCAUCAACUUGCCAUCGCAAAGGCCUCCUUCUCCGCGGGUCUACUGCGACCGGACCCAACCUCUGUGCCCCGCGACGAGAUCACCACCUUCCACACCGCGCUCGACCGGGCGCUGUCGCAAUGCACCCCAGCAAACAUCCAGACCUGCAAAGACUGGCUCAUCGACCACCAAGUAGUCUCCUCGUCCAAUCGUGUCGGCGUCUGGGCCAAAUACCUGGUCGCCUUGUCCGCCUCACUCGAAGAUAACAACACCAACAACACCAACACCAACAACCCGGAAGCGCCUCCGCCCACUUCCAAAAAGACCUCGGCCAAGCGCAAACGCCUACACAUCCUCUACCUCCUCAAUGACCUUUUUCACCACACCAAAUACCAUCUCCCGACGACCGCCGCCUUCGCGACGCUGACCGGCGCCCUCCAACCGUACCUGGUGGAACUGAUCGGCUACGCCGCCAGCUACGACCGCGAGCACCACCCCAAACACCACCGCCGGCUGGACGACUUGCUGUCGAUCUGGGCCGAGAACAACUACUACGCAACCGACUACGUGCACAAGCUCCGCGAGGUCGUCAAGAAUGCCGCGCUAUCCGGCCCCGUUAAGACCUCGCUGAUCGUCGAGGAGAGCAUCGCCGUCGCGGAGAAGGAGCUCUCCUCCGUGCAGCAGCAGCAGCAGAAGGAUCUGCCGUUUGUCAUGCCGGCCACGCAUGGGGACCCCGCCACCCCCUGGUAUGACCUGCCGGCGGGCAACCUGAUCCCGCACAUUAUCCCCGAUGAGGCGGUGCCGCUGCGCGGGGACGCGAUCAAGCCGUUGCAGUUCCUGGCGGGGCCGGCGGACGAUAAGCUGGUCGGGGCGUUGAAGAGGUUUCUGGGCGAGGUCGAGGGCAUUUAUGCUGGGGUGGCUGUCGCCGAGGAGGAUGCGGUCGACCAUGCCGAGGAUGAAAUGGUGGAUUUGGAUGAGUUGGGCCAGGUGGUGGUCCGCGAGUCGUUGAGCGGGGAGGUCGUCAAGGGGGAGACGUACUAUGGCUGGUCGAGGGGGUUCUGUCAGCAGAUGAAGAAGCGGGCGGCGAGGGGGCGGGAGGGCAGUCGCAGCAGAAGCCGGAGCAGGAGCCGGAGCAGGAGUACCCGCAGUCGAAGUCGGGGUGCGUAUCCCAAGCGCCGGUACAGUGAGAGUGAGAGUGAGAGCGAGGCUGGCGGUCGAUGGCGGGGCGACAGUCGCUCGCCGCGCCGACGACGCUAUGAUUCGAGGUCCCCGUCGAGAUCGAGGUCGAGGUCGAGAUCGCCUCCGCGCGGAGGACCGUGGCCGCCCCCGUCCAAAUCCAAAGAACGAUCUCGGUCGUAUUCUCCCCCUCCUCCUCCUCCACUUCCUGCGUCUAUGGGCUAUCCACCGCCGUCAUCUUUCCAGGGCGGCUUCCCACCGGGUCUCCCGCAUGCUCCCCCUCCCCCGCCGCCCCCGAAUUACCAGGGCCCAUGGCCUCCACCACCGCCCCCCAUGCCUUUCCCUCCUCCGCAACAAACCUCCCACUUCCCACCCCCCUACCAGCAGGCACCCCCGCCCCCGGGAGGCAGCCAGUACCACCCACCGGGCCAGUAUGCCCAGCAGAUGCCCCCAGGAUCCUACCACUUUCCGCCUCCUCAUGGCUCCCAUGGACAAGGCUGGCAGGGGUAUCCGCGGGGGAGAUAA